CAGGAUUCAAUUACGACGACAGCACAAGAUCGCACUUUUACACCCAAGAUCAACCCACGUGACAUACAACAACGAAAAUGUCCACCCACACAACCCCCCAUUUCGACAGGAAGGUGCUCCUCGCACUCGUCCCUCUAGCUUCCCUCGCAGCUUCCCACGAAAGCAACCCCAACGCCCAUGGGCCGGUGAAUUUCUCCGAAAUUGCCGAAAGCAUUACGGCAGCCACGACCUCUGCAACUCAACCGGCAUCAGCCAUCGAAACAAGCAGCAGCAGCCACUCAACGCACCUGACUCCUUCCCUUCUUCACGGGAUCAUCCCAAGUGUCACCACCACUACAACUACGUUCCCUACUCCGGGGGCGGCAGAUCAGACCAGGACGCAAACGGUUUGGGCCACUGUCGCCCAAGUGACAGAGGUAGUAACUAUCGUCAAGACACUUACUCCUGAUCAUGAGACUAGUGCUUCGGAUACCCUUUCAACGACAACGUCAAGUCAAAGUGGGUCAUGGCCUAAAGGGUACUGCACCAGGAAGGGAGAGGUCGCGGUCAAUGGCAAGUGUGUGCCUAGCACGCUGGUGACUAGUACUACUACGAGGGGAACAAAGUCUAGUUCUAGUUCUGGUGAAAGUUCUAGCAGUAUUAGCUUUACGAUCACAUCUACUUCUAGCUCUUUGACAGCUUCCCCAACAUCCACCACCAACGCUAUCACGACCUCUACCGCCAGCAAAUCUACAUCAACUUCAACUUCAACAGACACGGACCCCCUCGUCAUCAUCCCCGUCACUGGAACCGUCACAGACCUAAUCAACUAUAAUACAUACACCGCCCCCGCCUCUCUACCGCCCUUGCCUCCUCUUCUUCCUCCUCCUGGUCCCAGGGUCAGCGUCAGCAGCAAAUCGUCGUCGUCGUCGUCGAUCUCGGAUGAUGGUCCGCUGGAAAUCAUACCCGUCACCGGCACGGUAACUGAUUUGGUGGAUUACGAGACUGUGAUGGUGCCGAGUGCGACUGCUACCACCGUAGUAGUUAUUCCUGUUUCUUCUGGGUUUGGGUCUAGCGGCAGUACAAACAGCCAGGACGUGGGCCAGAUGCUGGGACAUAUCCAGGGAAUGGGGGGACAGAGCAGUCGUGUGUUGGUGCAUCCUACGGUGAGCGUGGGGGAUCGGUUGACGGUUGUGAGUGGGAGUGAUGGGAGGACGACUAUUACGAGGGCUUCUCCGAUGGCGAGUGCCAGUUCGGCGACGAAAGGGGAGGGAAGUGGUGGUGAGUUCUGCAAGGAGGAGUAG